AUGCGGCUUUUGAAUGUCUUCGACAAACGACUCGAGAGCUUCUUCGACAAGGAGAUCCCACCCUAUGGUAUUCUGUCACAUAGGUGGGGGAAAGACGAAAUCACCUUUCAAGACUUAACACAACGGUCACUCCAGAAAUUGCAGGGCCGCCAGUCAUUCUACAAGAUUUGGGCUCUGCUCGACCGGGCCGGCAAAGAUGGUUUAUCCUAUGUCUGGAUCGACACAUGCUGCAUCGACAAAUCGAGCAGCGCAGAGCUCUCAGAGGCCAUCAACUCCAUGUUCAGAUGGUAUCAGCAGUCAGAAAGGUGCUAUGUCUACCUCAAUGAUUUCAACACUUCUUCCAACUGCAAGAUUAUUCAUUACGAGCCGGCUGAGAACUAUGUUGUUCUCGACAAAUCAGAGACCUCUUUCUUCGACAGUCUUUGGUUUACCAGAGGAUGGACCUUGCAGGAGCUCAUAGCACCACGGAAUGUUGAGUUUUACGACAAGGAAUGGGUUAGCUUUGGCUCGAGAGACGGCGCACUUCUCGAUCGUAUUUGCAAAAGAACUGGUAUUUGGCCGCAGUUGUUUCGAGAACCCCGAUGUGCAUGCCCAAAUUCUGCUUUUGCAGUUCGCGACGGUAUUUGUGCUGGAUGCAAAGGGCUUGACACACUCCCUCAGACCUUGGACUCUUUCGUCAUCUCCAUCAAAUUGAGCUGGGCAUCGUCCCGCAUCACUACCCGCAAAGAAGAUGCAGCCUAUUGUCUCCUCGGCCUCUUCAACCUAAACAUGCCACUGCUAUAUGGCGAAGGUGACAAGGCAUUCUUGCGUCUUCAAGAGGCCAUUGUCCGACAGUCAAAAGACCAGUCAGUGCUGCUGUGGCGCGCUCGGCCUGAUGUUGUACCUCAAGGGUUUGUACCGGGCUGUUUGGCUCCUUCAUCCAGCACCUUCAAGGAACCCGUUCACAUUCUUGGCCGCCGGGUCUUCAACAGCGUCGACAAGAAGUAUGAGGCUAAUUUCCUCGAAAAUCUGGCUACAAUGAAGAUCACUGAUACAGCUAUGCGUACUAGCCUAUGGAUUUGCCCCUGCAAGGUAGUGCCUGACGGGAAGCAGACUGCGGCUCGAAACCUCUGGUUGGGUAUCAUGCAUCUCGCAUACGACCAUGAUUACCUUAAGCGACCUGCCUUGCUGCUGGAGUAUAUGGGGACUGUCAACAUGUACCGAAGAGUAUACCAUCAGCAUAUCGUUCCCCUUGAUCCCAGGAUAACUCGAGGUCCAUUCGAUGUAGAGUCAUCAAUUGGCGAAGUCGAUCGACGUCUCUCUCUCACCCCAGCACUCGCCGAGGCCACCAAGAAGACCAUCAGCAUUCUGCUUCAGCAAAGCCCCAUCAACGCAACGGCCGGCCCUUCUCCUGAAGAGAGACCGGAAACUGGACCCGUGACUGGACCCGUAUAUUUCGUUUUGGAUACGCAGAAGCUAGGCUUUACAAUGGACAGCGGAGGCAGCCACCCUCCUUUCAGCCGUUACCAAGGUCGCGCCACCCAAAUACCGUCACGUUGGGCUUUUAAGAGGUGCCAGCACAAAGAAGACGGCGAGAGGUAUUUUGGCGGCAUUCACUUUGUUAAUUUUGCGCUUGAGUUUCCAGAAAGAUCAAACUUGGAUCAAGGGCCAAAUCGACAAGGUGCUGGCCGAUUUGCCUAUACGGCUGUCAUCUGGGGUAUGCAUCGCCAAGUGUUCGAAGAGUGCAAACAUCCGUCUCAGUGGCAUCCGUGGUGCCGGGUCUUUAAUCUUCACAGUUUCAUAGAACACGCCCGGACCUCAAAUGAAGACUUACAGCCAAAUGAGCUGUAUGGCGAGAUUGGGGGUCUCAGUGCAGGCGAGAUCCAGAAGCGCAUGAAGAACCAGCGGUCGCGGCUCUGCCUAGCCGAAUAUGAAGAGCUCAAGAUUGAACAGGCAUCGGGUCCGAAGGCACUGUUCCCUUCAUAUUAUGGGACUAACUGGGCGACGGAUAAUAUAAAGGAGGCCGGAAGGCUUUUGGAAGCCAAGGUUGCGUUGGUUGAGGGAUUGGGUCGGAGGGUUUUUGAGCUGCACAUCAAGCUUACAGAUACAGGUACGGAGUAG